CACUUGGACAGGCUGACAAGGAAAGCGAUAAUUCCAAUUGCCCCUGAAGGCGGCACAUUUCCUGUCUGCUGCCAGGCGGCAGAAUACGGAACAGCUUUACGCACAACCUCUGGAUGAACGACUAGCUCAUAGGAUCAGACACAAGUUGUUAACUUGAGUCUCUCCCCUCCGGUGUCGGGUGUCUAAAUGGCGGACCCGACGGAAGCAGCAGUCCCGGGGAGCGUGGAGGAGAAGAAGGCAGACCGAAUCAACGACGCAGAGCUGGCACUGAAAGGGAUCAAUAUGCUCCUCAACAAUGGAUUCAAGGAGAGUGAUGAGCUCUUCAGGGCAUACAGGAAUCACAGUCCUCUAAUGAGUUUCGGGGCCAGUUUUGUGAGUUUUCUGAACGCCAUGAUGACGUUUGAAGAGGAGAAAAUGCAGAUGGCCUUUGAGGACCUUAAAGCGACGGAGAGACUGUGUGAGAGUGAAAACACAGGAGUCAUUGAAGCCAUUAAAAACAAGAUCAAGAGGAGUAUGGACUCUCAGAGGUCAGGGCUGGCUGCAGUGGACCGACUCCAGAGGCAGAUCAUCAUCGCAGACUGCCAGGUUUACUUAGCAGUGCUGUCAUUCAUCAAACAGGAGCUGUCAUCAUACAUCAAAGGAGGCUGGAUCCUCCGUAAAGCCUGGAAGAUGUACAACAAAUGUUACAGCGACAUCACACAUCUGCAGGAGGGCAGCAGAAGAAGAGCAUCUGAGCAGCCAGCGGCGCCGCCUCCACCUCUCUCCUCUCCAGCUGACUCCUCACACAGCCGCUCCUCUUCCCCCGGGCCGAGUCCAUCCCACAGGCCGGACGGCCUCAGCCCUGAGGCCCUGGACCGCCUGAAAGGUUCGGUCAGCUUUGGUUACGGCCUCUUCCACCUUUGCAUCUCGAUGGUGCCGCCACACCUGCUGAAGAUCGUCAACUUGCUGGGCUUCCCUGGCGACCGUCUCCAAGGCCUCUCAGCACUCAUGUACGCCAGUGAAAGUAAGGACAUGAAGGCCCCCUUAGCUACCUUGGCCCUCUUGUGGUACCACACGGUUGUGCAGCCCUUCUUUGCUCUGGAUGGUGCAGACACACAGGCAGGCCUUGUGGAGGCCAAAUCUAUCCUUCAACAGAGGGAGGCUACCUACCCAAACUCCUCUCUCUUCAUGUUUUUCAAAGGCAGAGUGCAACGCCUUGAGUGUCAGAUCAGCAGUGCCUUGACGUCCUUCCGUGAUGCCUUGGACCUGGCCUCCGACCAGAGGGAGAUUCAGCAUGUGUGUUUAUAUGAAUCAGGUUGGUGCAGCAUGAUUGAACUGAACUACGGAGAAGCCUACAGAGCCUUUGGGCGCCUGAAGACUGAGUCUCGCUGGUCCCAAUGCUACUACGCCUACUUAACUGGAGUGUGCCAAGGAGCCACAGGAGACCUGGAGGGAGCAGCAGCUGUGUUCAAGGAGGUUCAAAGACUUUUCAAGCGCAAGAACAAUCAGAUAGAGCUGUUCUCCAUGAAGAGGGCGGAGAAGCUGAGGUGUCCAAGUCUGUCCAAAGAGCUCUGCAUCCUCUCUGUGAUCGAGAUUCUUUAUCUGUGGAAAGCUCUGCCAAACUGCUCCUCCCCCAAUCUGGAGUCAAUGUCUCAAGUCCUGCAGGGGAUUGAUGAUGCGUCAUGUGCAGGCCUGAAAAACUUACUUCUUGGUGCUAUCAACAAAUGUCUCCACAAAACCAAAGAUGCCAUCCAGUAUUUCCAUCUUGCUGCGAGGGAUGAGGUGGGUCGUCUGAGCAACUCAUAUGUGCAGCCCUACUCCUGCUAUGAACUGGGCUGUGUGCUGCUGAACACCCCAGAGUCUGCAGGGAAAGGCAGGAUGCUAAUGCUUCAGGCAAAGGAGGACUACGCUGGUUAUGACUUUGAGAACAGACUCCAUGUUCGUAUUCACUCAGCUCUCGCCUCGAUGAGGGCUGUAGCACAGCCUUGAUAUUUUAUCUGCACCUUACACAGACGUGGAUGAAAAGUCUUGAAGAAAGCCACAAUACCAUUUUAGGCACUUAUGUUACACUGUUUUAUUUGUCUGUAUUUAUUCUUAUUUUUGUAUCCUGAGCCAUUGCAUCAUUUGAAAUGUGUGCAAUAUUUACUAUAAGUGUUCUCUGGGAGGUUACCAACAAGAGAUGUCUUAUCUUGUUACUGUACUGCACUGUAAAUCAUUGAAUCAGGUUCUUAUUGUUUACAUGGUUCAGUUCAUAACUAGAUGCCAGCUCACGCACAUGAAAAUCUAUACUUUUAUUUUGAAAAGCGUCAGUCAUUGCUUCCACAGAGGGACGAUAUUCUAGGUAAAGUAGUGUAAUUGCACAUAAGUAUUAAAUGUAAAAGCAAUCAAAGAGAGACUCAGCCUGUGACUUUAAGAAGCUGAUGUUCCUAACAUCUCAGUGUUUGUUUUUGCUGUAGAGACAUUGCAUAUGAUUAUUACCAAACCUUGAUUUUAUUUUUUUAGUGCAUUCCUGUUUUUAAGAGAACUGUUUUUAUCAGUGUAAAUAUGUUGUGCACACAAAUGUAAAAUUUGUGCUAACAUUACGUUGUUCCACUCUUUAGUGGUCUAGAAGCACAGAGCUACUCUUAGCUGUAAACUGGUUUUCCUUUAUAUGAUUUGUUUUAAGAUAAUAAAAUGAAUAUUGUUAAA